UCAAAACCAACUUUCUUUUUCCCUUUCACCUGCCUUUUCUUUUCCUUCAAGUGCCAACUCUCCAUCUGAUAUAUGUUUGUUGCAAAAAAUGGUCUAUACCUCUUUUUCAGGCACAUCCUGAGAAUCAUUUCCUUCUAUUCAUAUUGUUCAAGCAUUAAUCUGUCGGUUCAAUCAUCAAGCACAGGUGAUUCCAUCCGAGGAAGGAGAUACAAUGCCUCUCCGCUUCGCCUCAGCAUGGAAAAAACGCCGGAGAUGCAACACCCGGGAUCAUACCGACCCUUGUAUUUAUAAACCUGCAGAGUACUGGGGAAUUGAGGAUCAAAUGCCCCAGCAAACAAAACGUCGUCACGGGUCGUCAAUUUUCACCCUUAAGGAGAUGGAGGAGGCAACGCGUUCUUUCAGUGACAAGAAUCUGCUCGGGAAAGGAGGGUUUGGCCGAGUCUACAAGGGCACUCUACAAUCAAGGGAGGUUGUUGCAAUCAAGAAAAUGGAGCUGCCGCCAUCCAAAGUAGCUUAAGGAGAACGUGAAUUCCGUGUUGAAAUUGAUAUCUUGAGCAGACUUGACCAUCCGAACCUGGUUUCGUUGAUAGCUUAUUGUGCAGACGGGAAGCACCGGUUUCUAGUCUAUGAAUACAUGCAAAAAGGAACCUGC